GUGUUGAAUGAUUUGACACUUUCAGCCUUGGAAGCUCCUAAUAAAUGCGAUGAAACCAUUCUCUUUCUACUGGCUACUAGCGCUUGCUAAUUAUUUUAUUUCUAGAUAUAGCAACGAAGGUUGUGAAAGCGGUAAAGGUCGCGUUUGGAGAAGACGGUGAGAAGAGAAAAAGGUAUCCAAGGCAAAGGAAUGGCGGAUAAGACAUCAGGAUGAUGAAGAAGCAAGAUUUGAUCUCUUACAAGUUGGAGAUGAGGUUAUGGCCUACUGGAGCCCAGACAAACAAUUUUAUCUUGCCAUGGUGAUUGAGCUGGAGACCAAAAAAAUGGCAAGACAAGACAAUCCAAUUAAAGCAGCGAAGAGACAACUUUCGUUGGAUUAUUUGGAAGAGGCUGUCAAUGUUGAAGCCAAGAAAAUUGCAAGCAAAAAGAAAUGUCUUCAGUGGCCAGUGCCAAGGCUAUGGAAAGAGACAUUGUCUUGGGUAGCUCAACUGAAGAUGAACUGGACAAUGACAUGGUACGGAAUAGAGCCAGUAGUUCAAGCGUUCAGUAUUUGGCUUCAAAGUUUUCACCAUUGAAAGAUUUUGGAAGACCAAGGAUGGAAAAAUCUCAAGCUUCCUUGCCG